AUGGAAAAGCAUGGUGGCGAGCAUGAGCAUGCGAUCCACGCGGCCCUCGAAGGAAUUUCCCGAGAUUCAUUUUAUGUGGCCACAAAGGUAGGUCGCUACGAGCUGGACUGCGAGCGAAUGUUCGACUUCAGCGGCAGCCGCACUCUAAAGAGCGUCCAGGAGGGACUGCGAAAAAUGAAGCUGAACUACUUUGACGUCGUUCAGGUACACGACAUCGAGUUUGCGCCAAGUAUCGACGUGGUUAUCAACGAGACUCUUCCUGCCCUCGAAAGUCUUCGCCAGGCUGGAAUAAUUCACUACAUCGGUGUCACUGGCUACCCGCUGAACACGUUAAAGUGA